UAUAGGCGCGUAAGUCAUAAACUUUGUUGAUUAAUUUGGGUUUGGGUUUGGGUUGUUUCAACUUCGGGUGUCUUCGUUCUCUGCUAGUCUUCCCUUCCAGCUUCAAUGGAUUUGUUGAAGCUACGCCCAAAAUUGCAGUGUUUUCCUGUAAUACUAAACCCCUCACCAAUUCCUUCUCAUAAAACCCAAUUAUAUCCCCAACGUUUCUCUAUACAAUCUGCAGUCAAACGAUUCAGGGUUCUCUCUGAACUUAAUGGCAAAUUGAAUGGAGCUCUUUCUGGUGACACUGACCCUCGUUUCAUUGACCGUCAAAAGGCAUUAGAAGCGGCAAUGCAUGACAUUAACAGUUCAUUUGGAAAAGGAAGUGUUACCAGAUUGGGCAGUGCUGGUGGAGCUUUGGUGGAAACCUUUCCAAGUGGGUGCUUGACAUUGGACUUUGCUCUUGGCGGAGGUCUGCCAAAAGGGAGAAUUGUAGAGAUAUAUGGACCAGAAAGUAGUGGGAAGACAACACUUGCUUUACAUGCAAUUGCAGAAAUCCAGAAAAUGGGAGGAAACGCAAUGCUAGUUGAUGCAGAGCAUGCAUUUGAUGCAGCAUAUUCAAAAUCUUUGGGAGUGGAUGUAGAAAAUCUAAUUGUUUGCCAGCCUGAUAAUGGGGAGAUGGCAUUGGAGAUUGCUGAUCGUAUGUGCAGAUCUGGUGCAGUAGAUCUGAUUUGUAUAGAUUCUGUUUCAGCUCUCACUCCUCGAGCAGAAAUAGAGGGAGAGAUUGGAAUGCAGCAAAUGGGCUUGCAAGCUCGUCUUAUGAGUCAAGCUUUACGUAAAAUGUCUGGAAAUGCAUCGAAAGCGGGCUGUACUCUCAUUUUUUUGAAUCAAAUAAGACAUAAGAUUGGUGUAUAUUAUGGAAAUCCUGAAGUGACUAGUGGAGGAAUCGCCUUGAAAUUUUUUGCAUCACUUCGCCUUGAGAUACGUUCUAUUGGCAAAGUUAAAUCUGUCAAAGGAGAUGAAGAUAUUGGGUUACGGGUCCGUGUUAGAGUUCAAAAGAGUAAGGUGUCAAGACCGUACAAACAAGCUGAAUUUGAGAUCAUUUUUGGUGAGGGUGUGAGUAAGUUGGGUUGCAUUUUGGAUUGUGCCGAAAUACUAGAUGUUGUGGCAAAGAAGGGCUCAUGGUAUAGCUACAGGGAUCAAAGGUUGGGACAAGGAAGAGACAGAGCAUUGCAAUUCUUGAGAGAGAACCCUCAGCUGUCCGAUGAGAUUGAGCAGGUCGUUAGGCCUUUGAUGGGCGAGGGGGUUGUUCAAGCAAGUCCUUUUAAUUCAAGAAACCCCACCUCCUUACCGCAGCCUGAGGAUGAAUUUUUUGAAGAGCUGCAAUGAGGCGGGAUUCACAGGCCCGAGACCAAGACCAAGACCAAGACCAAGAACCACUUGCCAUUUUAUAUUUAACAUUAUCUUGAAAGGGCAAUGGGAUGGGAUAAGAUUCAAGAUUCAACCUAAGCUUGAUGUAACAAGGUUUGGUUUACUUGUUUAAAGGUCAAAGCUUGAUUUUACAGUUGUUUUCCCAGCCGUUUUGUUGCAUCAAGAGGACGAGGCUCCACCAUCAUGGAACUGGGCUCAAGGGUUGAAAUUAUAUAUAGGCUGUGGACUUAUGUAGAAGUAGUAAUUUCGGAGUAGUAUAUAUCUGCAUUGUUUUCAUGUAAUAUGGAAUCAAUACAUACCUUGUCUGAUGAUUGAGAUUUAUACAAUGCAAUGCGUUACCAUGUUCUAAAACAAA